GGAGCCGUAUUUACGCUGUUCUAGAUAUCUUCACUCUGAAUAAACUGUCGCUUGUCAUACAAUUUACCACCUUGUCUGAAUCGAUCCUUGACCGACUCGCCCGUCUACAUAUCUAAUUUCUAACAGAACUUGGUAGGCAGAGGAUGGUUUACUAACGAUCCAGUCGAAGUGAGUUGAUUUGGGUGUGAGAAGGCGAGUUGGUGAAAGGACGGUUCACGGAGGACGGGUGAAGACUUUCGGGGGAGGACAACAAUUCUGCUCAACUCGGAAAACUGAUCUCAAGGUGCACCAUAAAAAAGGUAGGCAAAGCCUGUUAAAUCAAACUUUGCAUAUUGUCGUAUAGUCUGUCCAAAUUUUGAUCAGUUUUUUUUCCGAGUAAGUAUGAAUUCUUGUGUAAAUUUAUAAUUUGCUGACGAGUCGAAAGAACAGUGUAUGUGAACAUAUGUAGUAACGAACCGGCGACGGCCGGUGUGAUUUAAAUCAUUGAUGAGAUAUCAGUAAGGGGAUAGCUAAUUACUAUUCAUUAAAUCUGGCGCCGAGGGGACAAAUUGUAAUUUUGGGACCCGUGACCCGGUCAGCACAGUCUGCUAGCUUUCAAUGAUGAGUGAUCACUUUUAAGGCCUGGAUAGUUCCGAUAGGGGUCGGGAAUAGAGAUCAGUAGGGGAUAGCUAAUUACUAUUCAUCAAAUCUGGCGCCGAGGGGACAAAUUGUAAUUUUGGGACCCGUGACCCGGUACGGCCAGUCUGAUAGAGAUUCACCGAUAGGGGUCGGACAUGUGUGAUAAUUCUGAUAGGGGUCAGCUCGAUAGGGAUCAGGAAUAGAGAUCAGUAGGGGAUAGCUAAUUACUAUUCAUCAAAUCUGGCGCCGAGGGGACAAAUUGUAAUUUUGGGACCCGUGACCCGGUACGGCCAGUCUGAUAGAGGUUCACUGAUAAGGAUCGGCUUUCAGGGGUCAGAGAUAUAACGUGUUGUUUUGUCUUGUUUUGUCUAUUUGUAACUGUUUAUGUUAAAAUGCAAUGUGCUUGUAAUUGUUUCCAUUAAGAUUGUUGGUGGUUAGAUAGAGGGAGAGAGAGAAUUAUAAUAAGGGGUAUUGGAUAAAUCCGAAACUUCUAUAUUGUAUGUACCUAUGUUAAUAGGUACAUGUAUAAAUGUAUAAUCAGGAACGAAAUGACUGAUGUAUAAUUGAAAUAAUAUCUGAAUAUAAUAUUUAAAUAUUGAGACUAAAUAGUCGAAUAGAUCCCUUGGUUGUGCGCUCCACAAAUGCAAUACCAACCCAUGCGUUUUUUCUCAACCUGAAUAUUCGAAGGAGAAGCUCUGAGAUAAGGCAGAGUACGAGCAAUAGUGUCUUCGAAUACAUCGUGGGUAUUAAUCAACGUCGGGCGAAGUAUAUGCUAACUAUAUUCAGAUGGAAGGAGAGAAUUUCGAUUAAAACUACGAUUAAAUUCCGAUUGAAUUAAAUUAAAUUACGUUUAAAGCAAAUUCACAAUGGCGACCCCCAAUACUCCAAAGCUGAGGUUUAAUGAGUUCCUAGAACAAAAAAUAGAAUAUAGAUCAGGGGGCAACGGGAGCAGCUUGAAGUCAGAGGGAAGGGGAACCCCCACCUCCUGCACAUCCAGUGUGUACAGAGAACAUAGAGGGGAACCAAGGAGCGAUAUUAGUAAGGAGUAUUUCACAAGUGUCCGCCGACAAGAAGAAAAUUUAAUGUCUUUCAACGAACCGGAAGAACAGGAAGGAGAUGAUAUGGAACCACAAGAGGAGACCGAGGAAGACGUUCCCCUCACGGCUGCAGGUGUAUGGGAGGCAGAAAGCCAACUGAAACUCAUGGAAGAAGGCGCAGCUGAAACGGGUGAAUUAGUCCUGAUACAAGGAGUUUUUAAGGGAAAAUCGACCCCCGUUGAAACGGCAGUAAGACGGUCGAGGCGCAUCAUAACCAGACAAAGGAGAGAAGAAGAAGAAGAAGCCCAAAGACAACAUGGGCCGUAUCAAAUGCCACUCAGGAUGGAUGACACAACGCACAGAGAGGAAUACGUUGCCUGGAAGAUGCAAGAUUUAACGGCCCUGAUGGAACAGCUCCCGAGCUUACAUGGGGGUGCCUCAGCCUGGCUGCUUCAGCUUCAGUCCCUAACUUCCGGGGUCCGGCUUGCCUUGGGGGACAUGAAGGCCUUAUUGGCUAGGUCAACCGACUACACGACCAUGAAUGCCCUAAUAAACACAGCAGGACUGGGAAAAUUGGGGUCAGCAACAGAACCUGAGAAAUACAGAGUAUCACUGUGGAAUGAGCUCAGAAGAGCAUAUCCCACCGAGAAAAAUUAUGCAACCCUUACCUCUUUUGCCAUGGAAGACGGGGAGCAGGCAGCUCAAUACCUAGAUAGGGCCAAGACCACCUGGAGGUCAGUCCACAUUGAACCCCAUGACCAGAGCGGAACCACUCUCAGCAUGUGGAAGGAGAUGGUGGUGAAUGGGACACCCAUAGAAGUGAAAACCAAGCUUAGGGCAACAGUGGGGCUGAUGGCCUUGCCCACUGCCCAAUUCAACUCCCAUGUCCAUCACCACAUCUCUCAGUACAACAAAGACAAAGGCACGGCUGAUUCACAAGUUCAGUCGUUGCAACUCCAACUGCUCAAAUUACAAUUGAAUGAGGCCCAAAAGACCGCAAAGCAAAAAAAGCAAAUGAUGGCGGAGGAACCCACUGACAUAGCCAAGAUUCAGACCAUGAACCAGAUGUUGGUGGCCGCUCCAGCACCACCGACCCCCCCACAGGCACCGGUCGUAUACGCCGCCCCUCCAAAUCCAGGAGCCAACUACGGAUAUGAGGGUUACAUCCAGCCUGGAUUUUCUAACCCAUCUGGACCGACAUGGGGGGGGCCGCCGCAAGCUAGAAGACAUUGCUACAAUUGCUACCAAGAAGGGCAUUAUGCAAGGAUCUGCCCCGCUCCCCUCUCACAACACCGCCAGUACUACUUGGCCUACAGAGGGAGGAGAGGGGGACAGCGGGGAAGAGGGGCCCCAAGGUACCCAGCCCCUGCCCAGGGAUAUCCACCAGCCCCUGCCCAGGGAUAUCCACCAGCCCCUACCCAGGGAUAUCAACCAGCGUACAACCCAGCGCCCCUACCGGUCCCACCUUCCAGGGGAUGUCAGAGGAUACCCCCAUGGGAAUGA